AUGCGCCGCAUGCUGGAGAAGACUCAAGGCAUGAAAGAACACUUCUUCAACUUCAUGCAAGGAAUGUUGGACGCAGACCAAGCAGAGCCUGCUCCAACGCUGAAGCCCCAACAAGAACGCUGGUACUUGCCAAUAUUCUGUGUUUAUCACCCACAGAAAAAGGACCAAAUACAGGUAGUGUUCGAUUCCAGUCGCAAGCACAAAGGCAUCUCACUCAACGAUGUGCUUCUCCGCGGCCCCGACAUGAACAACACCCUCCUCGUGGUCCUCAUGCGAUUUCAUAGAGAACCUGUUGCAAUAACUGCGGAUGUGCAGCAUAUUUACUAUUGCUUCAUCGUCCAGGAAGAACACAGCACUGAGUACUGCAUGAGAGUGCAUGUUUUAGUAGCCAUCUAUAGCCUGAGAAGAGCGGCUCUGCAUGGAGAAAAGGAACAUGUACAGCGCAGUCUGGGACUCACCUGGAACCUAGAGUCUGACUCUUUCACCUUCCGCAUAUCCAGAGAGAAGAAGCCCUUUACUAGAAGAGGAAUCUUAUCCACUGUUAAUGGCCUUUACGACCCCCUGCGAACCGUGGCACCUGGAACCAUCCAAGGUCUCUGUGUCUUCUACGACGUCUCCACCAUGGCCAUAUCAGCCGUGGCUUACCUCAAGACGACAGACAUAGAGGGACACAUCAAUGUCGGAUUUGUCAUGGGCAAGUCAAAGCUGGCUCCUCAUCCCCCACACACUGUUCCACGACUUGAACUUUGCAGCGCUGUCCUGGGCGUGGAAAUGGCAGAUCUUAUCACUGAUGAACUGGACACAGACAUUCACAAAGUAACAAUCUACACAGACAGCUGGAUCGUGUUGGGAUAUAUCCACAACACAAACAGAAGAUUCCAUGUGUACGUAGCGAACAGAGUUGCCCGCAUCAGGAAGUCCACAAGCCCUGAACAGUGGCACUUUGUCAGCACCGAACACAACCCAGCGGACCAUGGGACCCGCUCAGUGGCAGCAGCUGUGUUGAAGGACACAAACUGGUUCAAAGGCCCAGCUUUCUUGACAAAAGACACCUGCACACAGACAGAGCCAUUCAAAUUCAUCAAUCCUGAUGCAGACGUAGAUGUACGUACACAGAUCCAAGCCUUUAUGACUAAUGCCUCCGACAAAAUGCUCAACAACAUUCGCUCUCUGAUGUCCAGCUCUCCAUCUGCCACCAACACCUUAUCUGCAAGUGUGCUGUCUCCUCUACAUCUCUCUGAGGUUCGGGAGAGCCAUGUUGAGGAAAUCCUCAGAAAAAUGAAAUCCUGUACCUGUACCCUGGACCCCAUUCCCACUGCUCUGCUCAAGUCACACAUCCCCACUCUCAGUCCUUUCAUCACCAAAGUUGUUAACCUUUCCCUUCAGUCUGGCUAUGUCCCACCUGCUCUCAAUGUUGCUGUUAUCCGUCCCCUUCUCAAGAAACCCACCCUGGACCCGGAGGUUCUAGGCAACUACAGGCCUAUCUCAAACCUUGCCUUCCUGUCCAAGGUGUUAGAGAAGGUAGUUGCUUCUCAACUUCAGGACCACCUCAAACACAACAACUUGUUUGAAAAAUUUCAAUCAAGAUUUCGUUCAGCCCACAGCACUGAAACAGCUUUGCUCAGGGUGACGAAUGACCUGCUGAUGACAGCCGAUGCAGGAUCACCCUCACUCCUCAUCCUCCUGGACCUGACUGCUGCAUUUGACACAGUGGACCACACUAUCCUCCUAGAGCGCCUCCACACCACCAUUGGACUAACAGACUCUGCACUCAAGUGGUUUCAGUCCUACCUUUCUGGCAGAACUGAAUAUGUCUCACUGGGAAGAUGCAAGUCCAGACAGCUCCCUGUCUCCUGUGGUGUUCCGCAAGGGUCGGUCCUCGGCCCCAUCCUCUUCAUUAUUUACAUGCUCCCCCUCGGUCGUGUCAUCAGCAGACAUGGGAUGUCUUUCCACUGUUAUGCUGACGACACACAGCUUUAUAUCAAAACUGCCCCAAGCCCCACUGCAGCCAUGUCAUGUCUCACCGCCUGUCUUGGGGAGAUAAAGGCAUGGAUGAGCAACAACUUUCUCCAGCUAAACAGUAGCAAAACCGAAGCCCUUCUUGUUGGCACUCCACACCAGGUUCAGUCAUCCUCCUUAACUCAUCUCACCUUCGACAGCCAGGUCAUCCCCCUCUCCUCCACAGUCACUAAUCUCGGAGUUAGGUUUGACCCUCACCUGACCUUUAAUGACCAUAUAAAACACCUGUGCAAAACCUCCUUUUAUCAUCUAAGAAACAUCUCCAAACUCCGCCCCACUUUAACCCUAUCAGAUGCAGAGAAGCUUGUCCACGCCUUUAUCUCCUCAAGACUGGACUAUUGUAAUUCGCUUUUCUAUGGGAUCACUGGCAAGAACAUCCAGAAGCUGCAAUACAUCCAAAACAGCGCUGCCAGGAUCCUGAUGAGGGUCCGGAAAUAUGAGCACAUAACACCAAUAUUACACUCACUACACUGGCUCCCUGUCUCUUUCCGGAUUGACUACAAAGUCCUUAUACUCACCCAUACAUGCAUAAAUGGGCAUGCACCUCCCUACCUGCAAGAAUUAAUUACUCCCCAAACCUCCACCUGCACCCUCAGGUCUUCAAACAGCUCGCUCCUCCGCGUCCCCAAAACCAAGCUCCGCACCAUGGGUGACCGGGCCUUUUGCUCGGCAGCGCCACGCUUAUGGAACAGCCUCCCUGACCACUUAAGGGCAACGCAGACGCUGGACUCCUUUAAAGCUGGACUAAAAACAUUUUUAUUCAGGAAGGUCACUCACCAGGGCAGACAUCUCACAGAGGCCGCUGUGGGCUCUGCUGGACUAUGGCUGAUUGGAGGCAAAAGGCUGGUGUCAAGUGUCAUACACAAAUGUGUGACCUGUAACAAGCUGAGAGGAAGAAUGGAAGAACAAAAAAUGUCGAACUUGCCUACUGACAGACUCACCCCAGGUCCUCCGUUCACUAACGUAGGUGUCGACGUGUUUGGUCCAUGA